CCAAAGACGUGCUGCUCUGGGCGAGGUCAUCAGACUUUGGCCUAGAAGAUAUGAAGGCCAAGCAAGGCUGCUGGACAUGUAAACAGCGGAAAAUAGGGUGCGACAGGGAUCUGCCCGUGUGCCACAACUGCACCCGCACGGGUAGACAAUGCCAGGGCUACGGACUUCGUCUGCUGUGGCCGGAUCGCCAUGAUGGCCGGCGCAAGGACAGUGGUUUCGUGGUCUAUGAGCCUCCAGAGAACCCGCUCGAGGCUUCCAAGAGCUACGGAGUGCACUUCCUCAACGUCAAUCACAAUGAUGUCGCCUCUGCGCUGGACCCGACAUCUUACAAUGCCCUCAUCACGAAAACUGUUGCCAAGCCUACACGGGCUCUCAAUCUCUAUCCGACAAUGAUCGGCCAAGAUGCUCUGUUCAUGUCCUACUACGAGCGCGUCAUUGCUCCGAUGAUCUCGACCACUCAAGUCCAGAACGGCUUUCGGACAGAUCUUGUCCAGAUGGUGUUAUCACGGGGAGACAGCGCAACAAAAGCGCUAUGGAACUCAAUGAUGGCUGUGGCUGCCUUUCAUCACAGUGGCUCUGCAGCAGCCCUCACGUACAAGACGAAUGCCGUGCGCUACCUUUCCGCUUCCUUGACUCCCGGACAUGAAACGAGCUCGGUCGACCUCAACCAAACGCAAUUCGCCGCGUCCAUGAUGCUAUGCAUCUACAGUGUCUUUGACGAGACCGACGGCCACUGGACCACACACCUCGACGGUGCCAAGUAUAUGCUGGAAGGGUUAUACCCGGAAUAUCGAAGGCAGCUUAGAGCGGAUUUCCUCUUCACCUGGUUUCUGUAUCACGAAGUGUUGGCAUGCUUCAGUCAGCCCCUCCGACAAGCCCACAACUGCAUCGAUGUUUUAUUCCUGCUGGGGGCUUCCAAUUGCGAUGCUACUGUGAUACUUGGAGCACCGGGGUGUUCUCUGGAGACAAUUGCAAUCAUCCAUCGAAUAAACAAAUUCCGCAUAGCCAUCAUACAGAAAGAAGUCGACCCACUGUCGCCCAAGCUGAUCCAGCAGCGUUUCGAACUGGAGCACACUUUGCACAACCUUGUCCAGCGAUUGGAUCCAGAAGGCGAAGCUGGUGAAGUUCCAGCUAGGCGCACGCGCAUUCUAGCCACCGCAGAGCUCUAUCGCAUAGGGACAAUACUGUAUCUGCUCCACGUCAUCCCCUUGCCCGGAGACGAAGAGGCAAAGACAACUUAUCUGGAGGAGUUCUUUGACAUAGUGGACCGUCUGGGAGUUGCCACCAGCCCAUGGCCCAUUUUCAUGGUUGCAUGCGAAUGUCAAACAGACGAACAGCGCAUUAGGAUUCUACGGAUAUUGGAUCUCAUGAAUAACGUGAGAAACAUUGGCAACAUUCGGGUCAUGCGCAAGCUUAUUGAGACAUGCUGGAAGCAUUAUGACCUUCAGGCUGAUUCGACGUACACGCACCGCACGAAAUGGUGGGAAUUUAUUCACUA